CGUGUUUGUGUAAAAACUAACCUACUGAUAUGUCAAAUCGAAUUACCUUGUAUGUAUUUACGACGAUUAAAAACUCCAAACAUAUCUUUACAUCGAUCGUCGAAUUAUAAUGAUAUCUAAAGUGACAUCAAAUUGUGUUACGUUUGAGAAGAUGUAGAUAAAAUUGUAGAUAAAAUUAAAUAAAGCUCAUGAAUAGUGACGGAAACAAGUCAUAAAGAUCGCAUACAUUUGUGACUCUACUAUCAUGAAUUUUGGGGAUAUUAAAAGUGAAUAUUCUUCGAAUCUCUUCAACGUCGUACGUAUACGCGAGAAUGGUUUCUCUCAAGACGCGCAGCAUCGACAACGUAAAUCGCCGCGUAAGAGGCUCAAAAUAGCGCGAAUAUCGGCAUCACUUGCGAUUGAGCAGCUGAAAAGUCUUUUUUGGUGUUCUGGCGAUUCUCUAUCAUACAUUCGAAUGCGUCGAAACUGGCGUCCAGAAUUCUUGAUGAUGUAUCUUGAUGAUAAUCCAUGUAAUUGUAACAACAAAUGUGACACGGUACUACGACAUGAUAAAAGAAAUUUGGUCCCGGAAGUCCCAAAGAUCUAUUCCAUCGGUUUGCAUUGUGGCGCAAGAAAUUUGAGCGACAACGAUUAUCUCUCCAGCUCGUGUGACACGAUAAAGAACUUGAAGAAACGUUUUAUUAUUGAUCGCAGACCUAUGAUCACAUGCAAAUAUUGGGUCACACAGUCAGCUCCAACGACAAGCUUAUUAAUAGAUGCAAUGUCUUUUAAAGCGCAUACAGAUCGGCAGGCAAUGAUAGUCGAUUGUACAGAAUCGAUGGAGAUCAUCCGUAAAUAUAAUCAAACCCAGGAGAGUAAUCAUAAUUAUCGUCAUAGUGAAUUAUACAAACAUGUUGAAGAGAAAACAAACACAUCAGACAUUUCGCGGAAUGAUCGUGCCAUUGACGAUCACUCUUUUAUACCUGAUGACUCUAAGGACUCUUCUGUGAGAACAGAUCAUAAUUGUGAUGGUUCUCGUAUGACUAGAGACGCGCAAAUUCAAACCUCGAACAAAAAGAAUUUGCGACGAAGAAAAAUUAAGAGAAAAUCGAAGCAGGCUACUGAAAGAAUCUCUCAUCGGAAACAUUGCAAUAACGAGCCGCGAAUUGUCACGGAUUUUCGCAUUGGUUCGCAUAAUUCAAGCAGACAAAGCCACCACGAUGAGCCGUGGCUGCGCGUUCGAGUUCUGGAGAACAAGCGCGCCGAGUAUAUCAAUAAAUUCACGGCCGUGAAUCGACAGAUAGAGGAGAUAACGGCAACGCUACGGGAUACCUGCUGCAGUAGCGAGAGCUCGCGAAAUAAUCUGGAGAAUUGCGAUGAAUACUUUUCAUCGAUAUCCGACGACACGAAAGUAAAUUGGAGUGGCGUCGAAAACAAGUCAACAAUUGUAAGAGAAAAAAAUACGUCGAAAGACAAGAAUAGUCUGAUGAACAUUAAAAGGAUCAUCGGAGAAUUGAAAAGUGACACAAGUGAAAAUGUGUCCGAGAUUUUGCACGUUAAUAACCUUAAUAAUGAAACAGUCUUCUCUGCAAAGGACGAUAUUUCUUCUUCGAGAAAGCCAAACGAUUUUUUCGGACGUGACAUUGUCCGAGCGAUGGAGACAGUUUAUUCUUCAAACAGGAUUUCUAUACAGAACAAGACGAAGGCGAAAUGUCAUUUUAUCAAACAACUGUCCCUCGAUCUAGACGUAAUCAAGAACGAGAACGAGGAGCUUCAUGAAUUCUCUAUCAAAAAUGAAUCCUUCGAUAAAGUUUAUCUGAAAAGUAAUUUUACAAUCUCAAAUAACGAUAAGCACAAGAAAGAUUUUGCUCAAAGUUCUGUCGAUUUCAAAGAAUCGAGAUAUUAUCAGAAGACCUUUGAGGAGAAGAUAGGUGAGAUGGCUAUUCUGGAAGACAUCAAGAGAAGGAUCGACAGAGACUUCGAUGAUCCUCCAGGCGAGAGGAGCGACACGGAGGAUUUUUUCACUGUUUCCCGGAAAACCAGUGAUUUUGAUCGUGACAACGUCAACGAUGUGUCCUCAGUGACAAUAAUCGAAAAAUCCAAAUCUACGCCGAUCGUCGCGACGAAUCUCGAGCCGACCGAGAUACAAAUUCACAGCUCAAUGUCAGUUGGUGCUAUGAGCGAGUGCUCGAACAAGAACUCUGCCCUUUCCAAGUACUUCUCCUGCACGCAAAUUCCGAGUCUGGUUUCGUUAACGGAGAACGAGGACGAGCUCGGUGUCGUGGCUGACGAUAGUAUGAUUGAGUCGCAUCGCGGUUCGAACUUCAGUCUGAAUAAUUAUUCGCUCUCGAACUUAGACUCCAGUUUCGAUUGUUCGUGUUCCAGCUUCGAAUAUAUCUCGCGUUACGAUCCAUCCGCGCAGUACAUCACUCCGAAUAAAUCUUUAGCUGAAAUGGUAAACAAGUCGGACGACACGUUUGAGAUAUGCGUUGAAGAUCGCGAGAGUGUCGCGAAGAAUAGAAUUUGUAAUUGGGAACAUCCUUCUAUUGAGGAGAGCAGAGAGAAGGAAUGGCGAACUAGGAAACAGUAUACGGCCGAUUCCACGUUUGAGACGUCGAAGUCGUCGAGGUACAUCGGUUCGAUAGACUCGGGUGUAUUCAGCUCGUCCCUAAUCGAUCUUUAUCCGAACGAGAAAUCCAUUUACGCCGACAAAUCGAAGUUUGAAAAGAAACGCCGCACCGAGACACUCGAUGGACCGUCGACCGUCGUUGAUUCCGGCUCGGAUAGUAGUCAUACCAAUGACACGCUCGAUCGGAAGGUGAACGACGUUGUGAAAGACCUUACGAAGAAUCUGAUACUUUGCGAGAGAAGGGCGAAAAUGAAGCUGAGAGCGAGAGGCACGCGUUACACUCAAGACAUCCUGUCGCGUGCUUACAAAUUUAGCAGAAACCUCUACGACACUUGCUGCGACUUCUUCGACUCAUCUCAGUCGUCCACCGAAGACGAAAGAAUCAUCAGUAUCUCCACGCCGUCACUCUUAUCUUUAUCGGAUUCCGAAAUUGAAGAUCAUGAGUCGAAACGUCAACGUGUCUGUCAACGUUCAAAUUCAAUUCAAAUAUGAACCUAUAAUAAUUGACAAAAACAAUAAUUGGCCAAA